AUGACUCCCAUAGCCAAAACUUUCUAUGAUCUCAGUGCCACUGAUCUCCAAGGGGAGAAAGUGGAUUUCAACAAUUUCAGGGGAAGAGUGGUUUUGAUAGAGAACGUGGCAUCUUUCUGAGCCACCACAGUGAGGGAUUACACCCAGAUGAAUCAGCUGCAGAGCAAAUACCCUCGACGGCUGGUUGUACUGGGUUUUCCUUGCAAUCAGUUUGGCUACCAGGAAAACUGCACAAAUGAAGAGAUCCUUCCUAGCUUGAAAUAUGUGAGGCCCGGGUCUGGGUUUGAACCCAACUUUACUCUUUGUCAGAAGUGUGAAGUGAAUGGCAACAACACCCACCCUGUAUUUGCCUACCUGAAGGAUAAACUCCCUUACCCAGAUGACGAUCCAUCCUGCUUCAUGUUGGAGCCAAAGUUCAUCCUGUGGAGCCCCGUGCAUCGCUACGACAUCUCCUGGAACUUUGAGAAGUUCCUGGUGGGACCUGAAGGAGAACCUUUCAAGCGCUACAGCUCCAAGUUUGUCACUAGCAGCAUUGAGCCCGAGAUCCAGCGCCUCUUGAAGCUUGCCAAAUAA